CCGGGCGUCGUCGGGUGAGAGCCUAGGGACCGGGGCCCUUCGAGUUCAGGCCGGGGCGAGCUGGAGCGGGAGGAUGGCGCGGGGCUGGAGAGGCCGGGCCUGGCUCUUGGGACCAGGAAAUGGGGGACGCCGGCAGGAAACGCUGCAGGCACCAUGAGUUCCCCAGAAGGGCCAAGCUUCCCGUCGGGGUUGCUCUCUGGGGGCGCCUCCCCCAGCGGCGAUGAGGGCUUCUACCCCUUCGUGCUCGAGCGGCGGGACUCAUUCCUAGGAGGGGGCGCAGGGCCUGAGGAGCCUGAGGACCUGGCCCUGCAGCUGCAGCAGAAGGAGAAAGACCUGCUGCUGGCCGCCGAGCUUGGCAAGAUGCUCCUGGAGCGCAAUGAGGAGCUGCAGCGGCAGCUGGAGGUGCUGAAUGCCCAGCACUCUGAGCGUGAGGAAGUGCGUGGGGCCAUGGGCCGAGGCUUAAAUUCUGCCAGACUCAGGCGUCAGAAACGGCGCCUGCGGCCUCGGGUCCAGAAGCCCAGGCGGCAACCAGAGCAGCUGCAGCAGGAGAACCAUGAGCUCCGCCGGGGCCUGGCAGCACGGGGAGCUGAGUGGGAGGCCAGGGCUGUGGAGCUGGAAGGGGACGUGGAGGCCCUUCGGGCCCAGCUUGGGGAGCAGCGUUCAGAGCAGCAGGACAGCGGGCGUGAGCGGGUGCGGGCCCUCAGUGAACUCAGCGAACAGAACCUCCGGCUCAGUCAGCAGCUGGCCCAGGCCUCCCAGACUGAGCAGGAGCUUCAGAGGGAACUGGAUGGCCUACGGGGGCAGUGCCAAGCCCAGGUCCUGGCUGGGGCAGAGCUGAGGACACGGCUGGAGAGUCUGCAGGGGGAGAAUCAGAUGCUGCAGAGCCGUCGACAGGACUUGGAGACCCAGAUUCGAGGCCUGCGUGAGGAGGUGGAGAAGGGCCAGGGCAGGCUACAGGCAACCCACGAGGAGCUGCUGCUGCUACGACGUGAGAGGCGGGAGCACAGUCUGGAGCUGGAACGUGCGCGCUCCGAGGCGGGGGAAGCCCUGAACGCGCUGCGGAGGCUGCAGCGACGCGUCUCGGAGCUGGAGGAGUCGCGCCUCCAAGAGGCCGACAUCUCGGGAGCCUCGCUGCAGCUGGAGCUUGCCCAUAGCCUCGACAGUGUCCAUGACCAAGACCAGAACACGGACAGACGUGGAGACACUCUCAUGAGCUCUCAGCCCACCAGCCCCGCACAGACCACCCUGUCCCUGGAGACCCAAAAGGCAUCCAGCCAUCAGCCUUCGUCCCAGGAGGAGAGGUUGGAGCUACCCAGGAAGCGAGCAUCCCUGAGCCCGGGGGAGAUGUUGGAAGAGGAGGAGGCAGAAGCGAUCCGGUUGCAGGAUGAGAUCACGCUGCAGCGGGCAGAGCUACAGUCCCUGCGGGAGGAACUGCAAAGGCAGAAGGAACUGAGGGCUCAGGACCCUGAGGAGGCCUUAAGUGAUGCUCUCUCUGACCGGGACGAGGCCGUGAACAAGCUCGCUGACGCCCCAUCGCCCUUGGACCCGUUUUCUGCCUACAGGGUCCUGGAAUUGUCCCUGGAGCUCAGCCGCGUUUCUCUGGAGCGGGACUCCCUCUCCCGGGAGUUGCUUCGCACCAUCGGCCAGAAGGUGGCGCUGACGCAAGAACUGGAGGCCUGGCAGGACGACAUGCAGGUGGUCAUCGGACAGCAGCUGCGCUCCCAACGCCUGAAAGAGUUGAGUGCGGCCGGUUCCACCCCGCGCCGCGCCCCGCCGCGCUUCUCACUGCGCUUGGGCACUGGGCCCUCCGGCGGCUUCCUCAGCAACUUCUUCCGAAGGACCUGAGGGCCGGGUGGAGGGGGCCCCCUUUGCCCUCUUUGGCUCACUUUCCUCUUCUGGCCAGUGGAGCGACGGCCCCGAUCGUCUGCCAAAGGGGGCUGAUGCCCUCCCCGCCCUGAAAGGCUUAGCAGGGGCUCACUGGGAGCAAGUGCCAGCUUUGGGGGCCAGAGACCCCAGGUGGGUGGCAGAGGCAGGGGUGGCAGAGCUGUUUUUCGAAUCUAUAUAGGACUACUUUUUCUAGGCACUAGGCCCCCUGGCCCUGGCAAGCACCAGAACCGGGUGGGGGUGGGUAUUUAUGUAUCAAAAUCAGACAGAGUAAUAUAUACAUCAUUACACCGAC